CAAGCAGGCGGUGGUGGCGCCUCAGUCGUCGUCGCCGUCUCUAUGGUAACUGCGGGACCGGACCGGACUAGGGCUUCUGAGAUAUGACUUUGAUACUCUGAACACACAUUGAUAAUCUGAUUACAAGAUUUUCCUGAGCAAAGCUUCUUCUCUUAAUCCUGUAGUGACCAUGGCCAUUCUUAAAGUAAAAUUCACCAAAACCAAACGAGACAAACUGGCUCAAAUCCUAUGGAUCCUCAACUGGUUUUCUGUGAUAUCUGGUGCAGUUGUGUUCAGCCUUGGACUCUUCCUAAAGAUCGAAAUAAGGAAACGCAAGGAAGUGAUAGCGAAAUGGGAUAUUAACUCUGUUCCAAAUACUUUAAUUUCUAUUGGAGCCAUAGUUUGCAUGAUCAACCUUUUUGGAGGUAAAAUAUGUUAUGACUGUACGGAUGCCAAUAAAUUUAAUCGCUGGAAGCUGAUCAUGCUUCCUUAUAUUGUAUGCACUCUCUGUUUUACCUUCUGCAUCUUUGUGGGUGCUAUUAUGUGCUAUACAAUGAGAAAUGAAUUAGAAGAAUCUCUAUAUCUGGGACUGGGAAAUGCUAUUAAAUUUUACAAAGAUACAGACAUUCCUGGAAGAUGCUUUUUGAAGAGAACUAUAGACACUUUGCAGAUCAGAUUCCAGUGCUGUGGAAACAAUGGUUUUAGGGAUUGGUUUGAAAUUCAGUGGGUAUCACCUCGUUAUCUGGAUAUGACUUCAGAGGAUGUUCUAGACCGCCUAACAAGUAAUAUUGAUGGGAAAUUCUUGGUGGAUGGAGUUCCCUUCAGUUGUUGCAAUCCUAACUCGCCCCGGCCCUGUAUCCAGUACCAACUCACAAACAACACUGCUCACUAUCGUUAUGAUUUUAUGACAGAAGAACUUAAUAUCUGGAUGAAAGGAUGCAGGGAAGCCCUUCUGGAUUAUUACACUGACAUCAUGAGGUCCAUUGGCAUCACCACGUUUGUCGUUUGGGUGUUUGAGCUACUGGUCCUCAUUGGAGUUCGUUAUCUUCAAACAUCAAUGAGGAACCUUCUUCUACAGGUGGAUCCACUCUGUGACUCUGAUGGCUGGUUAUUUGAAAACAGUUUUGUGGAAACUGCCAUGUGGAACAUCAACAAAAUUAAACAUCUUGGCAAAGUAUCAAGUGUUUUGGAUAAUUCUAAUAUGGAUGUUUGCACUGCAAACCACAAUUCAGAAAAUACUACCCCCAAAUAUAUCCCUGCAGCUUAAUUGAAGACCUGGCAACUGCAUCACAAUGUAUAAGAACAUGGCUGUCAACCUAUCAAAACAGAAAGAGGUAUUCGGUUUGUGUGAUGUGCUAUGCCAUGGCUGUGCCAUACGAUAUUAGCUUGCUUGCUUGCUUGCUUUUGUUCCUCCCCACCUUAGCAACUUAUUUUGACGCUCAAUCCUUAAAGAGAUGGUAUUGGACCAAUAACAGAAUAAGCCCAAAGCAGCGUUUGGCACUCUGGGAAUAAUCUUAACAGUGAGGGGAAUGGUGAUUGUUGAGGGGGUUGCCACUCUUGAAAGACCAUCAUUAUUAAACAGGUCUAACCAAAAAAAUUUGAGCACAGUGUCUGAAAUAACAUCUAUAAAGAUGGCGAUUCUUCUUAUGUAAAUUUUAAGUAUCAGAGAAUACCUGGGAUAUCAAGUAUAAAGAAUAACAUAUCAGAUGGAUUACUUUUGGUUAUUUUAUAUCACUUGCACUACUUUGAGCAUCUAAUCCAGGGGUGGGAAGAAGGAAAUCUGUGACUCGUUGCCAAUUUCUCCUUGGCCAUCUGUUGCCUACAAGUUGUGAGAAAUUUGUAAAUAUGGCUGAUUCAUUUGAGCAUUUUGUUUAAGAAUAUACUCAGAAUCAAAUAACUAUAGUUAGUAAGAAAUUUACCUAAGUACACUUUGUAAAAUUAAAGUAUUUAUCCUUAAAAUGUUAGUUAUGUUCACUGCCUUGAGUUAUAUAUGGGAUAAAAGUCAGGAUAAAAAUAUUAAAACAAAAACAAAACCACUGGUGGUAAUUAAAAAGGCAUUUAGUUCAGCCCUAUUCUUAGCUUUCCACUAAAGGGGUCAUCAGGCCAAGAUAUUUAUUUUUUAGAGAUGAGAAAGACAAAUCUGUUUCAACAAAAGCAGAUUCAAGUUGGAAUUCUUGUUCCAAUUAUUAAUCAAAAGUCACUGAUGACAUUAGCAAGACAAGUAUGAAAGAUGCAGCAGCAUCUGCUUUGAUAACAAAAAUAAUUUAAUUAAGAUUUCUAGUAUUAUUUUCUCUAUAUAUGGAUAGCAAUUAUAAGAAGACUACUUUUUAAACCUGCUAUGCCUGGAAAUUAUCCAUUACAUUCAAAGGCCAUAUUAUUGAAAAAUGGGGGGGGGAAAAAGUAAUUGAGAGUUAAAUCCCUGAACCAAGAGGAUCACUUGGCCAUUGAAAACCUAGCUUUCAGCACAUGCAAAAUCCAGCAUCUGAUUUACAUGUGUUGAUUUGCCUCACUUAGUGCUUUUUUCCACUAUUUCACAGUCCCAUGUGUGAACUGCACUGAAAAUACUGUCAUUCGAACUAUGUCUCUGCUGUAUGUGUUCUUU